AAGAUGGAAAUGAAAAUGAGUCAAAUUAAGACACCUUUGUUUUUUUUUUAAUUAUUAAUCCAACAGCCCUUCUAGAAGAAGCAUCCCUUGUUUUCCAAACAUCUAUUGCCGAUGACUCUGUCCUCAUUUCUUGUAAUACCCGUCCACUUUUGACUUUCUGCAAAUCCCCUCUGGCUCCUCAAACACGUUUCUGUAUCAAUUCUCUGUUGAUAUUACUGUAUAUAUCUCCGUCUCUUUCUAUUUCUGCAUCUUGUUUUUGUUUAUCUGUGUAUAUUCAUUGUCUUUCUCUCUUGCCUGCAACUUUCUGCUGCUGAUUACUGUUGCUUUUUCGGAUAAGGGUCCAGCUCCUGAGGUUCUUUCUCUUUCUCUCUCGAUUUCUGGGUAGCUAGACUCAAUUUUUGUUGUUCAGUUUGUUCUUGUUUCUGGGUUUGCUUUGGUUUUUGUGAUCUUGUACUAUAUUAUUGGAAUCCUUAUCUGGGUACUUCAGGGAUUGCUUGUUUGUUAGCUUUAUGUUGCUGAAGAGCAGUUUGAUCUUUGGAUCAUGGCCUCGAACAGGCAACUAUUGAUCCCAUUAUCAAGAACUCCUAAUACGCCCAAGAUUUUCUUGCAAUACUUGUUUUUUUCUUCGAUCAUCAAGACCGCUUUUGACAAUCCCGUAUCCGUUUCCAAUAUGGAUUCCAACAAGCCAACUGAGGGCUUCCCAAACUCUGAAAUCACCUUGAAUUCCGCGUCCAGAAGAAGCAAUUCCUCCAGUCAUUCCAAGGCUUCUCGAGGCAAUUCAGUUAGGGAAGUUACAUUUGGUGAUUUAGGAUCGAAGCCAGUCAGGUACGGGUCCAGAGGAGCUGACUCGGAGGGUUUUAGUGCUUCCCAGAAGGAGAUCAGUGAUGAAGAUGCUAGAUUGGUUUACUUAAAUGAUCCUGAAAAGACAAAUGAGAGGUUUGAGUUUUCUGGGAAUUCUGUUCGGACAGGAAAAUAUUCAAUCAUUUCCUUUGUGCCUCGAAAUUUGUUUGAGCAAUUUCAUAGAGUUGCAUACAUUUAUUUCCUUAUUAUUGCUGUGCUCAAUCAGCUCCCUCAGCUCGCAGUUUUUGGUAGGGGAGUUUCCAUUAUGCCGCUUGCUUUUGUUCUGUUAGUAACAGCUGUUAAGGAUGCAUAUGAGGAUUGGAGGAGGCAUAGGUCAGAUAGAAUAGAGAAUAAUAGAUUGGCGUGGGUUUUGGUGAAUGAUCAGUUUGAACAAAAGAAAUGGAAGGACAUUCGAGCUGGUGAGAUAAUCAAGAUUCACGCAAAUGAAACUCUUCCUUGUGAUAUGGUGUUGCUCUCUACUAGCGAUUCAACUGGGGUUGCUUAUGUACAGACUAUUAACUUGGAUGGAGAGUCAAACCUGAAGACUCGAUAUGCAAAACAAGAGACCCUUGCAAAGACUCCUGAAAAGGAAAAGAUCAGUGGGUUGAUCAAAUGUGAAAAACCCAAUAGAAACAUUUAUGGAUUUCAUGCUAACAUGGAUGUGGAUGGGAAAAGGCUGUCACUUGGGCCCUCCAAUAUUAUUCUUCGUGGUUGUGAGCUCAAGAAUACUACUUGGUCAAUUGGUGUUGCAGUAUAUUGUGGCCGUGAGACCAAAGUUAUGCUUAACAGCUCAGGAGCCCCUUCAAAGAGGAGCCGGCUUGAGACACGCAUGAAUCGAGAGAUUAUCAUUCUUUCAUUCUUUCUUAUUGCUCUGUGUACUAUCGUCUCAAUCUGUGCUGCUGUGUGGUUGAGGCGCAACAGGGAUAAGUUGAAUACCAUGCCUUUUUACAGGAAAAAGAACUUCAAUGAUGAAGAUAAGGAUGACUACAAAUAUUACGGAUGGGGACUGGAGAUAUUUUUCACAUUCCUCAUGUCAGUUAUUGUGUUCCAGAUCAUGAUCCCUAUUUCUUUAUAUAUCUCUAUGGAGCUUGUUCGGGUUGGUCAGGCUUACUUCAUGAUUCGGGAUACAAUCAUGUAUGAUGAAGCCUCAAAUUCAACAUUUCAGUGUCGGGCACUGAAUAUAAAUGAAGAUUUAGGUCAAAUCAAGUAUGUGUUCUCAGACAAAACCGGUACUCUUACUGAGAACAAGAUGGAAUUUCAAUGUGCGAGCAUAUGGGGAGUAGAUUACAGUGGUGGGAAAGCCAGUUCAGAGGACAAACAAAUUGAACAUUCUGUUCAAGUGGAUGGGAAGACAUUGAGGCCAAAGAUGAAGGUGAGGGUUGAUCCUGAGCUUCUACAACUAUCAAGAAGUGGAAAAGAUACAGAGAAAACAAAACGUGUUCAUGAUUUUUUCCUUGCACUGGCAGCAUGUAAUACAAUUGUGCCUAUUGUUUUUGAUGAUGCAUCUGAUCCUACAGUUAAGUUGAUGGAUUACCAAGGUGAAUCUCCAGAUGAACAAGCACUAGCUUAUGCUGCUGCUGCAUAUGGAUUUAUGCUUGUAGAAAGAACUUCGGGUCAUAUAGUUAUUGACAUUAAGGGAGAAAGGCAAAGGUUCGAUGUUUUAGGUUUGCACGAGUUUGAUAGUGACCGGAAGAGAAUGUCAGUUAUAUUGGGGUGUCCUGAUAAGACUGUGAAAGUCUUUGUGAAGGGUGCUGACACCACCAUGUUUAGUGUAAUAGAUAGAUCUUUGAACAUGAACGUAAUUCGUGCAACUGAAGCCCACCUCCACGAUUACUCUUCACUUGGUUUGAGAACACUUGUAAUUGGGAUGCGUGAAUUAAGUGAUUCAGAAUUUGAGCAGUGGCACUCUUCCUUUGAGACAGCUAGCUCAGCUUUAAUUGGCAGAGCUGCUAUGCUUCGCAAGGUUGCUAGCACUGUGGAGAAGAGUCUCAGCAUACUGGGCGCUUCUGCCAUUGAAGAUAAGCUGCAGCAAGGUGUCCCAGAAGCCAUAGAGUCUCUUAGAACAGCAGGGAUUAAAGUAUGGGUUUUAACUGGGGACAAGCAAGAAACUGCUAUAUCAAUUGGCUACUCCUCAAAGCUCCUGACAAUUAAAAUGACUCAGAUUAUCAUCAAUAGCAACUCUAAGGAGUCAUGUAGAAGGAGUUUGGGAGAUGCCUUGCUCAUGUCUAAGAAGCUCAUCACUGUGUCUGGGACAACACCUGACACUGCAGGAAAUUCUGGAGGUGCUGUUAGCCCAGUGGCCUUGAUUAUUGAUGGAACCAGCCUUGUUUAUAUACUUGACAGCGAACUUGAAGAACAGCUCUUCGAAUUAGCAAGUAAAUGUUCAGUAGUAUUAUGCUGCCGAGUUGCUCCACUGCAGAAAGCUGGAAUUGUUGCCCUUGUGAAGAAUAGGACAUCUGACCUGACUCUUUCUAUUGGGGAUGGUGCUAAUGAUGUUUCAAUGAUCCAAAUGGCCGAUGUGGGAGUUGGCAUUAGUGGGAAAGAGGGUCGACAAGCUGUAAUGGCAUCAGAUUUUGCAAUGGGGCAGUUUAGAUUUUUAGUUCCACUCUUAUUGGUGCAUGGACAUUGGAAUUACCAGCGGAUGGGUUACAUGAUACUGUAUAAUUUUUACAGGAAUGCGCUGUUUGUUCUUGUUUUAUUUUGGUAUGUGCUCUUUACUUGUUUCACUUUGACGACAGCUAUCAAUGAAUGGAGCAGCAUGUUAUAUUCUAUAAUUUAUACUUCCCUGCCUACAAUUGUAGUGGGUAUUCUUGAUAAGGACCUAAGUAGAAGGACUCUUCUAAGGUAUCCACAGCUUUAUGGAGCUGGGCAUAGGCAAGAGAGCUACAACUCUAAAUUGUUCUGGACGACAAUGAUUGACACCUUGUGGCAAAGUGCUGUUAUCUAUUUUAUCCCUCACCUUGCAUAUUGGGCAAGCACAAUUGAUGCACCAAGUAUAGGAGACCUUUGGACACUUGCGGUGGUUAUUUUGGUUAAUUUGCACUUGGCCAUGGAUGUUAUCCGUUGGAGUUGGAUUACUCAUGCAGCCAUAUGGGGAUCUAUAGUUGCAACUUUCAUUUGUGUCAUGGUCAUUGAUGCAGUGCCUACUUUAGUUGGAUAUUGGGCGUUCUAUGAAAUUGCAAAGGAAGGGUUGUUUUGGCUUUGCUUGCUAGCUAUAAUCGUAGCAGCACUCCUUCCUCGAUUUGUCGUGAUAGUACUACAUCAAUACUUCAGUCCUAGUGAUAUUCAGAUUUCAAAAGAGGCUGAAAAGUUUGGGAAUGGAAGGGAGUUUGGAGCUGUAGAAAUAGAAAUGAACCCGAUCUUAGACCCUUCGCGGAGAUGACAGGUGAUUUUGUUCCUUGUUCAUCUUCAUUUUAUUUUUGUAAAAAAUAACAUGUUCUUAGGCUUCUGAGUGGAUUCACUCUAGGUUGCUGGGUUCUUUUUGUUUGUUUGCUGUCCAAAGGAUAGCUUUGAUAAUGCUAUAGGUUUGUAUUCUUGGCUUGUUGUAUCUCAUUAAAUUUGUUGAGUGUAAAUUAGCAGUGUUUAGAAGAAGAAACACAUGUUAUACGGAUUUUCAUUUUCUUUUUGAUAAAAUUUCUAUACCAAAUUUUCCAUAGAAUGAUUAGAAAUUAACUUUUGUUGUUC